AUGGUCCAGAUCAGUGAAGUCAAAGGCAACUCGCGCGAGAACAGAACAGCUGCGCAUACGCAUAUUAAGGGUCUGGGUCUUCGAUCCGACGGAACAGCAGAAGUCACUGGAGAUGGUUUCACAGGGCAAGCUGCCGCCCGUGAGGCAUGCGGUGUCGUCGUCGAUUUGAUCAAGGCGAAGAAGAUGGCUGGACGCGCUGUUCUGCUUGCUGGCGGCCCCGGUACUGGAAAGACUGCUCUGGCUCUUGCAGUUUCGCAAGAACUAGGAACCAAGGUGCCAUUCUGCCCUAUCGUUGGCAGCGAAAUCUAUUCUGCGGAGGUCAAGAAAACGGAAGCUUUGAUGGAAAACUUCCGACGGGCCAUCGGUUUGCGAGUCCGGGAGACAAAGGAGGUUUAUGAAGGUGAAGUCACAGAAUUAACGCCCGAGGAGACUGAAAACCCUCUUGGCGGUUACGGACGUACUAUCAGCCAUCUUAUCAUCGGGCUGAAAUCUGCCAAGGGUACCAAGAAGCUUCGUCUCGACCCCAGCAUCUACGAGGCUAUUCAAAAGGAGCGCGUUACGGUCGGAGACGUGAUCUACAUCGAGGCCAACACGGGUGCCUGCAAGCGUGUCGGUCGUUCUGAUGCCUACGCGACUGAGUUUGAUUUGGAGGCUGAGGAAUACGUGCCUGUUCCCAAGGGCGAAGUGCACAAGAAGAAAGAGAUUGUCCAGGAUGUAACGCUGCACGAUCUCGACGUGGCCAAUGCCCGGCCACAGGGUGGACAGGAUGUGAUGAGCAUGAUGGGCCAGUUGAUGAAGCCGAAGAAAACAGAGAUCACAGAGAAGCUGCGCCAAGAGAUCAACAAGGUGGUCAACCGAUACAUCGACCAGGGUGUCGCUGAACUUGUGCCCGGUGUGCUCUUCAUCGACGAGGUCCACAUGCUGGAUAUUGAGUGCUUCACAUAUCUGAACCGGGCCCUCGAGUCAAGCAUCUCCCCGAUCGUCAUUCUUGCUUCGAACCGCGGCCACACCGUCAUUCGUGGCACUGACGGUAUUGCCGCUGCGCACGGCAUCCCUCCUGAUUUGCUAGCCAGACUACUCAUCGUUCCCACCACACCAUACUCAUCUGACGAAAUCAAGACAAUCAUCCGACUUCGUGCAAAGACAGAAGGCCUCAACAUCACGGAGCCGGCUCUGGACAAGGUUGCUGAGCACGGUAGCAAGGUCAGUCUGCGGUACGCACUGCAGCUCUUGACGCCUGCGAGCAUUCUCGCUCGUGUCAAUGGCCGACCCGGUGGCAUUGAUGUGGCCGAUGUGGCCGAGUGCGAGGACCUGUUCCUUGAUGCCAAAAGAAGCGCCAGCAUUGUCAACCAGGAUAGCAGCAAGUUCCUGCAAUAG